GAGGCCCAUCCUAGGUGGUUUUCUUCCUCCGGCCGCCCUCUCCCGCGAGCGCCGCCGUCUCUCUCCAUCCACUCUCGCUCCCCUCCCCUCCCAGCCUAAUCGAGCCAAGCCAAGCCAAGCCGCAGCCUGAGCUGAGAGGCAGGAAUGGGGUGGAAGGCCGCGGAGAAGCUCAUCAGGCACUGGAAGAUCCUCCGCGGCGACAACGUGAUGAUCAUAAGGGGCAAGGACAAGGGGGAGAGCGGGCUGAUCAAGCGGGUCAUCCGCUCGCAGAAUCGCGUCAUCGUCGAGGGAAAGAAUCUGGUUAAGAAACAUAUUAAGCAAGGAGAAGGGCAUAUAGGCGGGAUCUUCUCAGUUGAAGCUCCACUUCAUGUUUCAAAUGUACAAGUAAUUGAUCCAGUCACCGGGAAGCCAUGCAAGACUACAUACAAGUAUUUGGAAGAUGGGACUAAAGUAAGGGUCUCUAGGGGAAUGUAUGCGUCUGGUGCUGUCAUACCUCGGCCAGAAAUUUUGAAGGAGAGAAAAAAGCCGAGACCCACAUCUCAUGGCCCAAAGGAUACACCAAUUGAGGAUGUGCUGGAGAAGACCUAUGAUGCCAAAGCUGGAAUUGGUAUGCCUGAUCUAUGAGAGGAGACGUCCACCAUUGCUGAGAGUGAAAGAAAAAGAAUUGGGCAUAUAUGUGAUCUAUCCGUCCUAGCUAAAAGAUAGUUUAUUAUGUCAGCUGUUCACGAAUAAAACUAGCAUCCGUGUUGUCUUUGCCAGCAUCUCAUGUGUUUCCAGAAAUCUGUCCCUCAAGACCCUAAAUGUUUGUCCCUGAACGGUAGAUUCUACCACGGAAGUCCAUGAAUGCUGGCAAAUAGAAUUGUUUGAUUGUACGAGAGAAACCCCCAAAAAGUACUGUGUGAGCCAGGCUGCUAGUUUAUCAAGAUCAGAUAUUGAGUUUUACUGUAA